AUGACAUCUAAUGAGAAAUUUGAGAAAAUCGCAAAAGAAAUAAUGUCAUCAACAAUAAAGAAAAUAGUUAGAUUUAAAUGUAGUGAUAAACCAGCAAGUAGAUACAAUUGUAAAUUAGGAGGAACACCUUAUUUACCAAAAGGAUUUGAAUAUCCAAAAGACUUAACUACUGGGAAACCAUUGUCUUUUCUUAUGCAAAUCAAUUUUGAAGAGUUUGAAGCAUUAGAAAAUUAUCCAACAAAAGGAAUUUUACAAUUUUAUAUUUUGGUAGAUGAUUCAUAUGACUAUGGAGUUAACUAUGAAGAUAUAACAAAUCAAGAAAAGUUUAGAGUUGUUUAUUUUGAGACAAUUGAAAAAGAUGAAUCUAAACUACAAGAAGCACCAAUUAUUGAACGCUAUAAGAGAAAUAACCCAAUACGAACACCUUGUUUAUUAAUUCCAGAACAUGGAGAAAUGGGAAUUUCACCUAGUUGUUAUCAACUUGAUAAUGCUAUUGAUAAGUAUGCAAUGAAAUUUGAACUAGAUGAUGAAGAAAAAGGUGAUUUGAGUGAUUAUCUUUAUGACUUCUUAAAUGUUGAAAAUGAUAUUCAUAUUGGUGGAUAUUCUUCAUUUACAAAAGACGAUAUUCAAGACGUAAGUGAUCAAGGGCUUACUGAGGCUCUUCUUCAAAUAGGAAGUAUUUCUGGAGCACCAAAUAAUUUAGAAUAUAUAAUUUGGGGAGACUCUGGUAUUGCUAAUUUUUAUAUUAGUUUGGAAGAUCUUAAGGCAUGUAAAUUUACUCGAGUUGGAUAUGUUUGGGAUUGUUGCUAA